GUCUGUCACGUUAUUGCCAGCAGCAGUCGGUGCUCGAUUGGUUUAGUCUGGAGAAACCAUGGCAGACCUAGAGGAUAGUGUUGCAAUUCCUGAGUUCAGCUGCCUUCUCCAAAUGGAUCCCUAUCUCAAAGCGUACGAGAAGGACUUCAAGAGGAGGUAUGAGCUCUUACAGAAGCAGCUUUUCCAGCUGGAAGAGGCGGAAGGAGGCUUUGACCAGUUCACACGCAGCUACAAUACCUUCGGUGUGCACCGGCUGCCUGACAACAGACUGUUUUUUAAGGAGUGGGCUCCGGCUGCAGAGGCCCUCUUCCUCACUGGUGACUUCAAUGGCUGGGACAAAUUCGCCCAUCCCUACACCAAGAAAGAAUUUGGCAAGUGGGAACUGAUUCUACCGCCCAAGCAUGACAAGUCUCCAGCUGUGGAUCAUAACACCAAACUCAAGGUGGUAGUUCACACCAAGGAAGGUGAGCGUCUGUACCGGAUCUCGCCAUGGGCAAAAUAUGUGACCAGGGAGGAGAAAUCUGUCAUCUACGACUGGGUUCACUGGGAUCCACCUCAGCCUUACAUUCAAAUCCAUCCUCGGCCAAAGAAGCCCACGAGUCUGAGAAUAUACGAGGCCCACGUGGGCAUCGCUUCACCUGAGGGAAAGAUUGCCUCAUACACCAACUUCAGAAUCAACGUGCUGCCUCGUAUAAAAGACCUGGGUUACAAUUGUAUUCAGCUGAUGGCUAUCAUGGAGCAUGCCUACUAUGCAAGCUUUGGAUAUCAGAUUACAAGUUUCUUUGCUGCUUCCAGUCGGUAUGGAACCCCAGAGGAGCUGAAGCAGCUUCUAGAUGCCGCUCAUUCAAUGGGAAUCGUGGUGCUGCUGGAUGUUGUUCACAGCCACGCCUCCAAGAACACUGAGGACGGCCUGAACGGCUUUGAUGGCUCCGACUCGUGUUUCUUCCACUCUCCACCCAGAGGGGAGCACAAACUGUGGGACAGCCGCCUCUUUAACUACUCCAGUUGGGAAGUGUUGCGGUUCCUACUGUCAAACCUGCGCUGGUGGAUGGAGGAGUACCGCUUUGACGGCUUCAGAUUUGAUGGCAUUACCUCUAUGCUGUACCAUCACCAUGGCAUCGGCUCAGGCUUCUCUGGGGACUACAGUGAGUACUUUGGCCUACAGGUGGACGAAGACUCUUUGGUUUACCUGAUGCUUGCCAAUCACAUUCUUCAUACCCUUUAUCCCGACUGCAUCACUGUGGCAGAGGAUGUGUCAGGGAUGCCUGCUCUCUGCAGAGGAGUGGAGGAGGGAGGACUUGGUUUUGAUUACCGACUGGCUAUGGCCAUUCCUGACAAGUGGAUUCAGAUCCUGAAGGAGUUAAAGGAUGAGGACUGGGACAUGGGCAAUAUUGUCCACACACUGAUCAACAGGCGCUAUGGAGAGAAAUGCAUAGCCUAUGCAGAAUGUCAUGAUCAGGCUCUGGUUGGCGAUAAAUCUCUGGCCUUCUGGUUGAUGGACAAGGAGAUGUACACCAACAUGAGCUCCACAAGUCCCAUGACACCCGUCAUUGAUCGUGGCUUGCAGCUACAUAAGAUGAUUCGCCUCCUCACUCAUGCUCUGGGUGGAGAAGGCUAUCUCAACUUCAUUGGGAAUGAGUUUGGCCAUCCUGAGUGGCUGGAUUUCCCUAGAGAGGGGAACAAUCAGAGUUACCACUACGCCCGGCGGCAGUUUAACCUAGUGGAUAUGGAUCACCUCCGCUACUGUCAGCUCUACGCCUUUGACCGAGACAUGAACCGUACCGAAGACAAGUACGGCUGGCUGGCUGCCCCACCUGCCUUUAUAAGCGCCACGCAUCAAGAGGACAAGGUCAUUGUGUUUGACAGGGCAAAUGUGCUCUUUAUCUUCAACUUCCACCCGAGUAAGAGCUUCCAGGGCUACAGGGUGGCUGUAGAAGUUCCAGGAAAAUACAAAAUCAAGCUGGAUUCAGACGAGGUUCAGUAUGGAGGUCACGGACGGCUGGACCACAACACAGAGUUCUUCACAGAGGCCCAGCCUUUCAACGGUCGUUCCAACUCAAUGCAGGUCUACAUCCCCUGCAGAACAGCUAUUGUCCUGGCCAACGAGGAGAUAGAUUACUGUUAUUAGAGGAUGAUUGUCUCCACAGAGACCAGGAUCGAGAAUGGAUUCCAACCUCAAACUGAGUGUUAACAAUCACCUUCAUCUUAAAAUGUCAACCCUGCACAGAACCCAAACCCACUUUUUGUGUUCAAGUCUUUUUCUAAAUGGGAAAAAAAAGCAUUGUGAGCUUGUGUGCUUUCAAACACCAUCUGCAACCUUAGAUGCUGUGUAACCCCAUUUACUACAGAUUGCUCCAUUUGGGAAGCGUCCAACCUAACCAGCAGCUAGAUGCUAAAACUUAAAACCCUGCCGAGUCCAUCCACCACUAGCCAGCAGCCAUUUAUAGGCUCUGUUGAAUUUGGCGUGUCAUCUGAAACACAUGACCAGACACUGUGGCAAUACUGGGAAGCAAUACUGCUAGCAUUCAAACAUAAUAAAAGCUCAGAGUUGGAAUAAUUCAGAAUGUAAUGUAUGUUGGAAUACAUUCUAAGUGGUUUGAUUAUUUUGUAUUUAAAUACAAAUAAUGUUACGGUUUCAAAGACGCAAAAAGAUUUACAGUAUUACCAGCACUUCUUAAUCUCAACAUACAUGUAUUCAAUCAUUGGUGAUCCAUUUUUGUUAAUUUGCAUUGUGGGACUUUGUACGUGUAAAAAUAUUGUAAUUUGCACAAAAUAAUAGGCUGCUUUGAAUUAUUAUACUUUUAAUGGGUAUCUAAAACAGUUGUGUUGUAAUGUUUGAAUUUAUGCAGCUACUGGGAGCAUCUAUGUGGUUAUUUAUGGCCCUGUUAUUAAGCCAGUAAUUUGCCGCUAAAGUAAAGUGAUAAAAUCACCUAAUUUGUAUUGUCCACAGGUUGUUGCAUAAUGCCCGAGUAACAUUUUUAGCUAAAUUACACAGUUUUAUUUCCAAUUUGCAAAAUGUAAUGUAUAGUUUUGUCCUACAGUAGAUCAAAUUAAAGUAAUUUAGGUUGUGAACUUCACUAAACUAUUUACACUGAUGAUCAAGAAAUCAUUUUGUGCAGAAGAAGACAAUUUUACAGGUACAGUGUAACUCACACACCUACUUCAAGAUAUGUAGUAGUAGUAGUAAUAUGAUAGUAUGAUUUAUGUGCACCAUGUUCAUUAGGCAAUGUAGCAUUCCCCUGGGAUUAAUGCAGGUGUUCCAGGAAAACACAGAAACAACCUACAUUCACAAAGAAAAGACAUGUGCCUCUUCCAAUUAGCUCUGACUUUUGUGACGUUUGUCAACCCACUUGAUGAUUGAACAUCUCAAAGAACAGCUCCAAUCCUCAUCCUGUCUUCCCUAGCUUUCAUGUGAGAAGGUUAUUGAUCAGCUAAAAUGUGUAUGAACUGAGGAACAUCACUGAUAGGUGACUGUUUUUGUGACUGCUGAAUUCACUAACUCAGGUAACGUGUCAUUAAAAUGGUCUUUCACACAAGAGGUUUCAUCUUUUGAGGGAAUAUUUUGCAAAUGACUGGGAUAAUUUAGUUUCCCACCUUUAUUUUCUUUUGGUUUCAGUCCUCCUCCUAAGGGUCCUCUUUGCCAUAUAAAUAGAUGUGUUUUGGAUAAUUUUCAGUGUUCUAUGCAUGUUAUAUCAAAGCAGUGCUGUUGUAAGCGAAACAAGAGCUGAUUUUGGGCAUUCCAGAUAAAAGCUAAUGCCUUGAUUUACUGCCAUGGACACUAACAUUCUGUGAUCCACACCUACUGCAUUAGUACAGAUUCUCAGCCAUUUAAGCGUUGCAUUGUAGCAUAUGGCAGGUUUUGAUCUGCUUCCACUGCAGCUGAAGAAAACAAAUUUAUAUUCAGGACCAUCUUCUUGUGUUUAGCCAAAAGUAUCAUUAACAUGUCAUUUAUUUUUUUAUAACACCAAAGUAUUAAAAAGAUGCCUGUCUCCACCUCUCCAAAAGCACAGAGAGGAUCACUCUGCAUACAUUUAAAGCAACGAGGCUGUGAGACAGAAGUGGAGUGUUUAAUCAUCAUCCUUCAUCUGACCCAGUGUCAUUGUCAUUUUACCACUGCCAAAAUGAAUUGUCUGCAUUUGUUCUCAAAAGUAGAAUUGAUGUCUGAUACACAGUAACUAUUGCAGCAUAUUUCUUUCAUUAUUACUAAUGAUAAUAAAUCAGCGCCCGUCAAGCCAAAAGAAAAAUGUGGAUGAACUGGAUGUGCAGUCUGACUACUGAUUCUUUCCCAUCGCACACUUACAGAAAUGUAGGUGCUUCAGCCUUCUCCAGAGUACAUUGUGAUGGUACUCUGUCACCAAGUACUUGAUACAAAAACUGUUCUUUUUGGUCUUGAUAGUCACUCUAAUUUUGGAUGUUGUUUUCAGUUGUCACUUGCCUGUCAAUUUCAUACAUCAGUGGAAUUCCUAUAUAUGUACAAAGCUGCUGUCUCAGUUACCUAAAAAAAUUUAAUUAAAUCGACAUUCUAACCUUUA